AAUUUUUGCUCAACGAUAUACAUAGCCGUUGGGAAUUGCUAAAUGCGAUGUGAUGGAGGAUGGCAAUCAGCGGGAGCGCAUAGAACAGACGGCCGGCGUCAUGUAACUCUGUAAUAUGAAUCUCAGUAACUUAGUCUUGUACAUCACUAGCCUACUAUGGCUGAACCUCACUGACGCUAAGAUAGGGUACUUUUGGCACAUCACAGAUCUUCAUUAUGAUCCGCUUCACAACUCCCCAGAGUUACAUAGAGGUUGUCGUCACAACCGCGGGAACAAUGAACACAGCCAUCGGAAUGGCAGGCACCGGGAUCACACGUGUGACAGCUCCUGGCCUUUGAUACAAAGCGCCGCCGCCCUCAUGGCAGAGCGGCAUCCUGAUACUUUAGAGUUCGUGCUGUGGACUGGAGACAUCCUCUCCUCAUCAAUGGAACAUUUAAGCGAAGAAAUAAAACUGGAAGCGGUGAGAAACGUCACAGAUGUAUUAAGCAGAACAUUUAGCAGUCAGUUUGUGUUCCCUGCGCUGGGUCAUAACGAUCCUGCUCCUUCUAAGAGGCUGGUCGACAUGUGGAUGCAGUGGUUACCUACUGAAGCGUUACAAACUUUUGAAACUAGUAAGAAACUUACUAAUAAGAUUUAUAUUUAG